AACGGGCACACCUGGCGCGCUGCCUCGAGGCCGCGCUCGAGCAGGUGAGGAGGGAGUCGAUGCGGCAGGGCGCGGCGCUGGACGAGCUGAGGCGGCGGCUCGAGCGGCGGCGGGCGCGCGCGGACAAGCUCCUCGCCACCAGGCGGAGGGCCGCCGAGGGCGUCGAGCACCGCAAGGAGCAGAUGCAGGCGCAGAUCGAGCGGGUGCUGCCGCCGCGCACCGACAAGUGCAGGUACCUGCCUGCCCGCCCGUUUCUUCCUCUCAAUGCGAGACUGGAGGCCGAUCUUGCCGGUGAGGAGACGGUGGCGGCGCCGACGAGCCGUCCCCCUUGGCGCCGUUGCCGCUGGGCACCGAGACAAAGGAGUGCUGGAUGCCAACGCCUCGAGGCCUGCCUCAAGUACAGAUCAUCAGCGGAAAAUAUUCAAUCAACAUACGACCACUGAGGGGAUCCAUCGGUGCAAUAUGAAUGAUGAAGGAGAAGAGCAAAGAACACAAAUCUUCCCCACGGCUAUUGAUUUUAUGCACAUCGGCUGCAUCAUGUGAUAUGGUAAACCAACAGAGGUAUGUGGAUAAUCCAAACUGCUUAUUUUUCGUCCGACACCGCCCCACCUUCAGUGACCUGAUUGCUAACAAAAUGUCACAGUAGGUUUGUUUCGAAGUAUCAGUUCAAAAUAUGGCGAUUGAAUAAAAAAACACUAUCUUAUUUUUUAUCUCAUGGAUCAUACUUUAAAGUUAAUAAUUUUUAUAAUGCUCUGUAAUAGAGUCGUGUUGGUUGUGUAAUUCUUGAGUGAGUUACAUGUUCUCUCCAUCACCCCCUUUAUUUUUUGCAAAUCAAUUGCCGUCUUCAUGUGUUUCAGCUGCUAGGACUGAAGGCCGAAGUUAUAUCAUAUGACACAGUAGCCAUGGACGCCACAUCAGCUUGGGAACAUGGCCACAACAGAUUGGUAUCUUCUCUUCUGAAAUUGGUUGCAUACUUGCCAAAGGUCGCAUGACUCAGCAGCCAUGGACGCCACAUCUGCUUGGGAAUGUGGCCGCAACAGAUUGGUAUUUGUUGGAUGGCAACUCUAAGCUGCAUGUUCAUUGGGAGAAUCAUGAUGAAUCUUUGAUGAACACUGUCAAAGAUGAAAAGGCGAAUUCUUUGAUUCCCCGGGCUGUCAGGGAUUUUGUACUUCCAGCAGGUUUUCUAGGUGAAUGUUGGCAUCCCCGUGUGGUUUGGUUAUGCAUCGAUGCAUUGCUUUUGCUCUUUGUCAUGGAGUACUAACUGUGGAGGUUCAGGUUUACAAUCUUAGAAAUGCAGUGAUUGAUGUGUUUUCUAAUCGUAAUGCAGCAAACAAAUUGUUUUGCAAGUUAUGUACUUUAAUUAUCUGUAUCUUACCAUUCUUACCAAGUACUGUCAAAUGUACAGCUUGAUUUUGUAUAUGUAUUUCCCUCAGUUUCUUGUAGGUUCCUGCAUAAGAGGUCAUUAUUGCAGAGUUGGAGACUGACACUAUGUUUAUCAGUACAUGCUAUUGGAAUUCCCAACAAACUUGACAGGAUGGAUCAGUCACACGUUGGUUACAUCAAGUCUUCU